AUUAAGAAACAAAUGGUCGACCCUACUCUAGCAGAAAUGGGAAAGAAUUUGAAUGAAGCAAUGAAGAUGCUAGAAGACAAUCAAAGAAAAGUGGAGGAGGAAAAUGAAAAGAAGUAUGCACGGAAGGAUAUUCCUGGUCCACUCCAAGGCAGUGGCCAGGAUAUGGUGAGCAUACUUCAGUUAGUUCAGAACCUCAUGCAUGGAGAGGAGGAAGAGGAAACUUCACAGGCCUACCGACUUCAAAAUGUUGGUGAACAGGGUCACAUGGCUCUACUGGGACAUAGUUUGGCUGCUUAUAUAUCAGUACUGGACAGGGAACGACUGAGAAAACUUACAACAAGGAUCCUUUCUGAUACUACUCUCUGGCUCUGCAGGCUUUUCAGGUAUGAAAAUGGAUCAGCAUAUUAUCAUGAAGAUGAUCGUGAAGGUCUCCUAAAAAUCUGUCGACUUGUUAUUCACACACGUUAUGAAGAUUAUACAGUGGAAGGAUUUAAUGUCCUCUGUUCUAAGCAGCCUGUCAUAUACAUUAGUUCGGCAGCUAGAACAGGCUUGGGCCGAGCUCUCUGCAAUCAGCUUGGGUUACCCCUCUCUUGCAUGUGUCGGGUGCCUUGUAACACUAUGUUUGGAUCUCAACAUCAAAUGGAUGUUGCUUUGUUGGACAGAGUGAUUAAAGAUGAUGUUGAGUCUGGAAAACUGCCUUUGUUGCUUGUGGCCAAUGCUGGGACACCAGGUGCUGGGCACACAGAUAAACUUGGCCGACUGAAGGAACUCUGUGAGCAGUACAAUAUGUGGCUUCAUGUAGAAGGUGUGAAUUUGGCAACUUUGGCUUUGGGAUACGUCUCCUCUUCUGUACUGGCUGCUACAAAAUGUGACAGCAUGACUCUUACUCUGGGUUCCUGGCUGGGUCUCCCAGCUGUGCCUGCAGUGACACUUUACAGACAUGACGAUCCAUCUUUGUCCUUGGCAGCUGGGCUGACAUCAAGUCAGCCCGUAGAGAAGCUCCGUGCCCUGCCCCUGUGGCUCUCCUUGCAGUACCUGGGCCACGAUGGGAUUGUGGAGAGGAUAAAACAUGCCUCACAACUAAGUCAAAGGUUGCUGGAAAACUUGAAAAACCUGGAUUUCAUUAAAACUUCGGUUGAAGAUGAACUGAAUUCACCAGUGGUGGUUUUCAAGUUCUUCCGGGAAUAUUCAAAUAGAGAUCAAACCUCACAUGCUGCACAGGCCUCAGCUAUUCAGCACCCUUUAACAAGCAACGAAAGAGACGUUUAUGACACUCUCAAUCAGUGGCUGGGAGAGCAGCUGGCUCAGCUAGUUCCUGCCAGCGGAGUUGAUGUGGUAGAACUGGAAGAUGAAGGCACGUGUGUGCGUUUUAGCCCACUAAUGACUUCUGCAGUUUUAGGAACUGAAAUACAAGAUGUUGAUCAGUUAGUAGACUGCUUAAAAAUGAAGAUACCAGUAUUGACAAGUACACUGCAAAUGAGAGAGGAAUUUGAGCAAGAAGUGAGAAGAACCAUAGGCCUGUUAUACAUUGAAGAUCUCAGCUGGCCUGGAUUAGGUGUUGUAAGGUACAACUAUCACUGUGAUGGGAAGGAUGAUGACAAACAAGAAAAAGAACUAGAAAAAAUCAAUACAGAACUUCUGAAAAAAUUAAAUGAACUGGAGUCGGAUCUCACUUUUUCUUUGGGUCCAGAAUUUGGAGGGCAGAAGAACUGUGUGUAUAUUGGCAUGGUAACUGAGGACCUGGAUGUGUCAGAGUUAGUUGAAACCAUUGCAGCAACAGGCAGAGAAAUUGAAGAAAAUUCAAGACUGUUGGAAAACAUGACUGAGGUUGUCAGAAAAGGGAUACAGGAAGCACAACUGCAGCUUCAGAAAGCCAAUGAAGAACGACUUCUGGAAGAGGGACUGCUACGACAGAUUCCUGUAGUGGGCUCUGUGCUGAACUGGUUUUCUCCAUUCCAAGCCUCGCCAAAGGGAAGAACAUUUAAUUUAACAGCAGGCUCUCUAGAAUCCACAGAAUCUACAUAUGUAUCAAAAGCCCAAGGAACAGGCACUACCCCACCACCAACUCCUACUUCUAGCCUUGCAAAGCAAAGAUUUCCUGGUCAGAAAAUUUUUAAAAGGUCUCUAAGAAAUUCUGACACAUUCAGUGAGACCAGUUCAGUCAGCCACUGUGAUGACCUGGAGAAGAUGGAUCAGAGGCCCUCAACUCUAUCUCCUGGCCAGCAGCAAAGACCUUUGGAGACAGAAACAACAGAGGAGCAGAAGGAGGUGGCCCAGGGAACAAAGACAGACACUGAGGACAUUCCAAGUGACAAACCACCAAGUGACUGCAAGAAGGCAGAGCAACAAGAAAGUCAAAGAUAA